AUGGCUGCUUUGGUCAAUUCGAAAGAGCAGUCUAUCGACCGCAGAGAUGAAUCUCCCGCGCCCACGCUGAGCGGCAUAAAUGAACAGAGUGAGGACGCACCACAGACCGCAGACCCCGAAUCGCUCAAACAUGAGCCGCCGACAUUUUCGCCCCCAAAGUCGCUGCUGCACGAAAUCGUCUUUUUGAUCGUGAUAUGUGCGGCGCAGCUUCUGACGCAAAGCGGCUUGUCGCUCUCCAUUGUGCCCCUAGAUCUCAUCGCCGACAGCUUCGAUAGCACACCGAAAGACUUGACAUGGGCCUCCUCGGCAUACAGCUUGACGGUCGGCACGUUUAUCUUUGUAUCCGGCCGACUGGGCGAUGUAUACGGCCACAAAAUACUGUUCGUGAUCGGAUUCUCCUGGUUCGCUCUGUGGUCCAUGCUCGCUGGCUUCUCCAUCUGGGUCAACCCUAUUUACCUCGACAUCUGCCGCGCCCUCCAAGGAAUCGGCCCGGCGUUCCUCCUCCCGAACGCCGUCGCGAUCCUGGGUCGAACAUACCCGCCUGGCUUGCGCAAGCAGGUCGCCUUUUGCCUCUUUGGUAGCGUGGCGCCGGGUGGGUUCAUCGUUGGCGGUCUUUUCGGAUCGCUGCUGGCGCAGUUCUUGUGGUGGCCCUGGGCAUAUUGGAUCAUGGCUAUUGCAUGCGCGCUAUUCGCUCUGCUGGGUUCGGUCGUCAUUCCAUCCAUCCCCCAAAUCAAGCCCCGUGAGGACCUGUCGAUGAUGGCCCGACUGGAUGUGUGGGGUGCUAUUCCCGGGAUGGUCGGUCUGAUUCUCAUCAAUUUUGCCUGGAACCAGGCUGCCGCGGUCGGAUGGCAGGAGCCGUAUAACUAUACGCUUCUGAUUGUGGGACUAUUAAGCAUCGUGCUGUUCCUGUGGGUGGAAUUUCACGCUGCAUACCCUCUUCUCCCGCGGUCAGUCUUUCGGGGAGAGACGGGGUGGGUGAUUGCCUGUAUUGUUUGCGGCUGGGCUUCGUUCGGAGUGGUGGUUUUCUACUACUUCUCGGUGAUGAUGAACCUGGAGCACGAAAGCGGGCUUCUCGUGACGGCGAAGUUCGCGUGGGCUGCUGCUUCGGGCGGCGGGGCUGCUAUCCUGACUGCUUUCCUGAUAGGCCGCAUCCCAGCGAGCUACAUUAUGCUUAUUGCCAUGGUGAUGUUCACUGUUGGUCAGAUUCUGCUCGCUACCAGGCCGCUGGGGCAGAUCUACUGGGCUAAUGGCUUUUUGAUCCCUCUGCUCAUGCCGAUUGGCAUGGACAUGUCUUUCCCGUCGGCGAUCCUGAUCAUGAGUAAUGCGAUGCCGCAGGAGGAUCAAGGCGCGGCUGGUUCGCUGAUCAAUACUGCGGUGAACUACUCCAUUGCUAUGGGCCUUGGAUUUGCGGGCGUGGUGGAGACCUACGUCGCCGAUGGCGAUACCCUGAGAGGGUACCAUGGAGCUGAGUAUAUGGGUGUGGGUCUUGCAGGCUUGGGAGUUAUUUGUGCGUUGUGUUUCAUAAUUGUGUCGUGGCGGGCAUCGAAAGUUCAAGCGUAA